CCGGCCGAGAAGCCGCAGCGAAAGGCGGGCGCUGCCACUCCGUCUGGGAGGUCUCAGGGCUGGGAGCUCCAUCUGACCGCAGGCCGCAUCGUGCCCCGGUUCACAGGCACCAUGAGCCAGGACACCGAGGUGGACAUGAAGGAGGUGGAGCUGAACGAGCUGGAACCCGAGAAGCAGCCCAUGAAUGCCGCGGUUGGGGCAGCGGGCGGCGAGAAGAACGGGCUGGUGAAGAUCAAGGUGGCCGAGGACGAUGCCGAGGCGGAGGCCGGGGCCAAGUUCACCGGCCUGUCCAAGGAGGAGCUGCUGAAGGUGGCGGGCAGCCCGGGCUGGGUGCGCACCCGCUGGGUGCUGCUGCUGCUCUUCUGGCUCGGCUGGCUCGGCAUGCUGGCGGGCGCCGUGGUCAUCAUUGUCCGGGCGCCGCGCUGUCGCGAGCUACCGGUGCAGAGGUGGUGGCACAAGGGCGCCCUCUACCGCGUGGGUGACCUACAGGCCUUCCUUGGCCCCGAUGCCAAUGCCGGAGGCGUAGCUGGGCUGAAGAAGCAUCUGGAUUACCUGAGCACCCUGAAGGUGAAGGGCCUAGUAUUGGGUCCAGUUCACGAGAACCGGAAGGAUGAAAUAAAUGAGACCAACUUGAAACAGAUUGACCCCACUUUGGGCACCUCGGACGACUUUGAAAGCCUUCUAACAGCAGCUAAGAAAAAGAGCAUUCACAUCAUUUUGGACCUCACUCCUAACUACCAUGGCCAGAAUCCAUGGUUCCUCCCCUCUCAGGCUGACACUGUGGCCACCAAAAUGAAGGAAGCUUUGAGUUUUUGGUUGCAAGUUGGUGUGGAUGGAUUCCAGGUUCAGGAUGUGGGAAAGCUGCCAGGUGCAUCCUCAUACUUGACUGAGUGGCAGAAUAUUACCAAGAGCGUCAGUGAAGACAAGCUUUUGAUUGCAGGGACUGACUCCUCUGACCUGCAGCAAAUCCUGAGCCUACUUGAAUCCACCAAGGACCUGCUGGUGACUAGCUCAUAUCUGUCAAAGUCUAGUUACACUGGGGAGCAUACAAAAUUCCUAGUCACCCAGUAUCUGAAUGCCACUGGCAGUCACUGGUGCAGCUGGAGUUUGUCUCAGGCAGGAUUCCUGACGUCCUUCCUACCAGCCCAGUUCCUCCGACUCUACCAGCUGCUGCUCUUUACCCUGCCAGGGACCCCUGUGUUCAACUAUGGGGAUGAGAUCGGCUUGCAGUCAGCUGCUCUUCCUGGACAGCCCAUGGAGGCCCCAUUCAUGCUGUGGAAUGAAUCUAGCCCCUCUCGUAACUCUGGGCCUGUAACCUCCAACAUGACAGUGAAGGGUCAGAAAGAAGAUCCUGGCUCCCUCCUUUCCCUAUUCCGGUGGCUGAGUGAGGAGCGGGGUAAGGAGCGCUCACUGUUGCACGGGGACUUCCAUGCACUCUCCUCUACAUCUGGCCUCUUCUCCUACGUCCGCCACUGGGACCAGAAUGAGCGUUACCUAGUGGUGCUCAACUUUGAGGAUGUGAGCCAGUCCGCCAAGCUAGGGGCCUCCAACCUGCCAGCCAGUACCAGCCUGCCAGCCAGUGCUAACCUGGUACGCAGUACUCACCCAGGUCGUAAGGAGGGAACCUCCCUGGAGCUGGAUAGCCUGAGUCUAGAUCCUCAUGAGGGGCUGCUGUUGAGCUUCCCCUAUGUGGCCUGACCCUACCUGUCCAGGACCUACCACCCUCCUUCUCCUUGCCCCAGGCCUUUUGAGUUCUGUUUUUUCUUUCCUUGUUUUUUUAAAAACUUUUACAGAUUACAUAUGAAUCCUCAAAUCGGGUAUUUUUGCUUUCAAAUAAAAGUCACCCUACCUGAUGAA